AUGAAAAGAUAUGCAUGUCUUCACUGUGGAAAUGCCUUUGGUUGCAACUUAAAUCUUAUUAGGCAUCAGAAGAUUCACGUUGGAAGAAAGGUUUAUAAAUGUUAUCAAUGUGGAAAGACUUCCACAGGAAGAUCCAGUCUUGUUGCACAUCAGAGAUUCCACACUGGAGAGAAUCUGUGUGUAUGUCAUCAAUGUGGAAAGGCUUUCACAAGGAGUUCUAAACUUGCUGAACAUCAGAGAAUCCACAGUGAAGAGAAACUGUAUGAAUGUAAGCAGUAUGGAAAGACUUGCACAGUGAGCUCCCAUCUUGAUGCACAUCAGAAAAUCCACACUGGGGAGAAAUGUUAUGAUUGUGUUCAGUGUGGAAAGGCUUUUACAAGGAGCUCUAGUCUUGCUACGCAUAAGAGAAUCAAUACUGGAGAGAAACCUUAUGAAUGUAAUCAGUGUGGAAAGGCUUUCACAAGGAGUUCUAAUCUUGCUACGCAUCAGAGAAUCCACACUGGAGAGAAACCUUAUGAAUGUAUUCAGUGUGGAAAGACUUUCACACAGAGCUAUGGCCUUGUUGCACAUCAGAGAAUCCACACUGGAGAGAAACCUUAUGAAUGCAAUCAGUGUGGAAAAACUUUCACAAUGAGCUCCGGUCUUGCUGCACAUCAGAGAAUCCACACUGGAGAGAAACCUUAUGAAUGUAAUCAGUGUGGAAAGACUUUCACACUCAGCUCCCAUCUUGUUAGACAUAAGAGAAUCCACACUGGAGAGAAACCUUAUGAAUGUAGUCAGUGUGGAAAAAGUUUCACAGUGAGCUCCAGUCUUAUUAAGCAUCAGAGAAUCCACACUGGAGAGAAACCUUAUGAAUGUAUUCAGUGUGGAAAGACUUUCACACAGAGCUCUGGUCUUGUUGCACAUCAGAGAAUGCACACUGGAGAGAAACCUUAUGAAUGUAAUCAGUGUGGAAAAACUUUCACACACAGCUCCCAUCUUGUUAGACAUCAAAGAAUCCACACUGGAGGGAAACCUUAUGAAUGUAAUCAGUGUGGAAAAACUUUCACAGUGAGUUCCAGUCUUGUUACACAUCAGAGAAUCCACACUGGAGAGAAACCUUAUGAAUGUAAUCAGUGUGGAAAGACUUUCACAAUGAGCUCCAGUCUUGCUGCCCAUCAGAGAAUCCACACUGGAGAGAAACCUUAUGAAUGUAAUCAAUGUGGGAAAAGUUUCACAGUGAGUUCCAGUCUUGCUACACAUCAGAGAAUCCACACUGGAGAGAAACCUUAUGAAUGUAAUCAGUGUGGAAAGACUUUCACAAUGAGCUACAAUCUUGUUAGACAUCAGAGAAUACAUACUGGAGAGAAACCUUUUGAAUGUAAUCAGUGUGGAAAGACUUUCACACACAGCUCUGAUCUUGUUAGACAUCAGAGAAUCCACACUGGAGAGAAACCUUAUGAAUGUAAUCAGUGUGGAAAAACUUUCACAGUGAGCUCCAGUCUUGCUGCACAUCAGAGAAUCCACACUGGAGAGAAACCUUAUGAAUGUAAUCAGUGUGGAAAGACUUUCACACACAGCUCCCAUCUUGUUAGACAUCUGAGAAUCCACACUGGAGAAAAACCUUAUGAAUGUAUUCAGUGUGGAAAAACUUUCACGGUGAGCUCCAGUCUUGCUGUACAUCAGAGAAUCCACACUGCAGAGAAACCUUAG